UAUAUAUAGGGAGCAAUAUAGAGCAGCGGUGAACAAAAAAGUGAGAGAUAAAAGAGAUCUAGGAGUAGACCAUGGAGAAGCCAAGUGGUCAGUUUUUGGGGUUAAGCCUUCUUCUUCUUCCUCUUCUUCUUCCAAUAAGCUGUAACGCUCAGCAACUCUUUAUUUUUGGAGACUCUCUGUAUGAUAAUGGCAACAAGCCUUUUCUCGCUACAGACGUCCCUUCUACUUUCUGGCCUUAUGGCUUGUCCAUUGACUUCCCUAAUGGCCGAUGGUCUGAUGGCCGUAUCGUCCCUGACUUCAUUGCUGAGUUCUUGGGAAUUCCAUUCCCUCCGCCGGUUCUUGAUAGGUCUGCAAAUUUCUCCAGCGGAGUUACCUUUGCCACUGCCGAUGCAACUAUUCUGGGUACACCCCCUCAAACGUUGACUCUGGGCGAUCAAGUCAAAGCAUUUGCUCAGAUUAAGAGCACAUGGACUGAUGCACAGCGUCAAAAGGGUAUUUACAUGUUUUAUAUAGGCGCCAAUGAUUACUUGAACUACACCAACGCCAACCUCAAUGCCACUGCUCAGCAGCAAGAAGCUUUUGUCAGUCAAGUUAUCGCCAAAUUGAAGGAUCAGCUCUUGGCGAUAUACGGAUUGGGAGGAAGGAAAUUUGCAUUCCAGAACUUGGCACCGCUUGGGUGUCUGCCAAUUGUGAAACAAGACUUCAAAACGGGAAACUUUUGUCUUCCAUUGGCAUCAAAUCUUGCUGCUCAGCACAACCAGCUUCUGUCGGAGACAUUGGAGAACUUAUCAGAAACAUUAGAUGGUUUCAACUACAUCAUUUAUGAUUACUUCAAUUCAAGCCUCCGAAGAAUGGCCCGACCCAAUAAUUACAGGUACUUUACAACCAAUCUGGCAUGCUGUGGAACAGGAUCACAUGAUGCAUUUGGGUGUGGAUUUAAAAAUGUGCACUCCAAUUUAUGUUCAUACCAGAGAGGAUACAUGUUCUUUGAUGGCAGACACAAUGCAGAAAAAACUAAUGAAGCCGUAGCUCAUUUGAUCUUCAGUGCUGAUCCAAGUGUUGUUUUCCCAAUGAACUUGAGGGAGCUGUUUGUUCAUCCUUAAGUUUUAAUUAAUAUAUAUAUAUAUAUAUAUAUAUAUGUAUCACUGCCUGGUGUAGUACUGCCUUAUCAUCUGCAAUAAAUCAGCUACAAGUCUUAAUUCCACAA